UUGAUAAAGAGCAAAAGGUGUAAAAGCACUUUGAAAAAAAUAUUUAAAAAUCCUGCAAAGUGAAAAAAGAAAAAAAAAUUUAAAAAUUCACUUAUCAUCCAAAAUCGUCAUUUAAAGUUCGUCGUCGACUGACUUUCUAAUAAUUUGAGUUUUAUAAUUAGACAAAAAUUAGAUCAUCAAUAUGCUGUACAUAUUUAAUAUGGACCAGGGCCGAAUGUUGACAUUUGAUAUGUCACUAGCUCUUGAUACCGUUCAAUCACUUAAGCAGGCGAUUGAGAGGCACCAUGCAAUUCCAGCUGAUUGUCAAGUUCUUCUUGUGUCCGGUGGUGAAACUUUAAACUCAUCGAGUCGUGUGUGCAGCUAUUCUGCGGGAACUGACGAUACAAAUCCAAUUUUUAUGUUUAUUAAUAGUUUAGAACCACGUAAUCCGCCACAACCUUGGCCCAGCAUAGAUAAUGAUGCAGACCUCAAGAAUGAAGUCGAUAGAUGUCUCGAAUUACCAGCAAUGUAUCAAACAGUCGUUAGACGAGCCCAAUUAGCACAGCGAAUUUAUGAAUUAGGCAAGGAUGAGCUUAAAAAUUGCGAUUCUUUAGUGCAUGAACAACAUUUACAGCAUCAAGGAUGGAUGGCUGUGAUUGCAAAUUUAGAAGAUAUAACUGAUGACUUUCAGAAGCGCUGUAAUGAGUGUGAUAAAGUGUUUAGGGAUCACAUUGAGAGACGUUUGGAAUAUAAAGAAUAUCUUGAAAGCUUUAACGACGAUUUAGACAGACUUGCACAAAUUCCAAUUCUUCCGCCAUUACUUCAGGGUGCUGAAGAACAGCCAUUUCACGGAUUCGAUGACGUUUACAAUGAUACAGGUGAAUCGUUUGCAGCACAUCCCAAUCAAAAGCAAAUAAGUGAUGCUAAUAAAGUAACAAGUGAUACAAGCAUGGAAUCAGCAGGUGAAGCAAGCGGAAGCAAAAGCGACGAGAAUCAUGAAGACAUGAAAGAUUCAAAUAGUAAAUCAUCAUUGACAUUGCUUCAAUGGAUAUCAUCAAAUGAGAAUCAAAGAACAUUGAAGCGUAUGGCAGAAAAUUGUACGAGGGAAUUGGAAGUUUUUGAUAAGAAUGUCAUGGAUACAUUAAAGGAUGAGAUUGAAAAGACGAUAGAAACGGCAAAACGUGAGGAUAUGAAAGAAAUUAAAGGCUUGGAAGAGCGUUUGCAAGGCUUGGAAGGACUCAAACGUGAUGCAAAUAAGCUUGUAGCUGAACAAAGUGAUUUAGCACAGGCAUUGCAAAUGAAUCAAAAUAGUGCUUCUAGAUCCAAUGAUGCCUCAAUACUUCCAGACUUAUGUGCACCGCAUCGUAAUCAAUUCAGUCAAAUGAUGAAAAAUCAUAAGAAACUUCGUGAUAUUCGCAAUCGAUGUGACCGAGCUAAGGAUGAAUUAUGCAAGAAUCUACUCCAGCGCUUAAAAUUUGUAAUUCACAUCGAGAAUAAGAUGUAUGAAAUAGAUUCCAAAUUACUUUUUUAUCAUCGAUGCUUGCGUCGUCUACAGAAACAUUUAGGAAUAAUCGAACAAAUUCAUCAGGCACCAUGCGUCUAUGUUCAAGCCGUCACGGAGGUCGUUAGACGUAGAAUAUUCUCAACAGCUUUCUUAAUGUGGGCAUCAAAUCUUGCAUGUCAUCUUCUUACUAUCUACAAUGAAGAGGUUAUGAGACGACAAGAAUUUCGGUAUUCUUUUGAUGGUCACUUUUUAAACUCACUUUUUCCUGGCAUUGAUGAUUUUCCACCGAAAUUCGCAACGGAAGCGCCUUCAAUAUUCGAUUCAAGUCUACCCCAACUGACGAAAAAUGAUUUAAAUGAAUUAUCGAAGCAUCUUCCAGAUAUUACAAAAGAAAAUCAAUUACCCAAUUUGAGUGCCAUUAUUGAUUUCUUUUCAUCUAGAAGUAGUCAUAGUAAUCAAGAGACAACAUCAACUGACGAGAAUGUGAAUCCAUCAUCAAAUAAGAAAUUGUUGAAUGUAUUUGCACAAAUUAGGGAUUAUGAAAAAGGCUUCGAGUCAGAAACGGAUACGGAAGAGUACGAAAAGAUUGGGCAGAUGUCAAUAGAUAAGAAGGCAACGCAACAAAGUAUUUGUGUUGGAACCAUUCAACCUGAAUAUUGUGAUAUGGCAACGAAUAUGAGUAUUGUCCUUAAACGUGAUAUUGAAAUGGUUACAGAUGACAAUAUGUUUAAUGGAUUAGAAGUAGAUCGUUUACAGAAGCUGCUGAUAACAAUGUAUCGAAUUUCAAAGGAAUCAACAGAUUUAUUAAAGCAGCAAUUAAUUGCAUUAAAAUCAGAGGUGCUGAAAGAGAGUGAAGUAGUUAAGGCGCAAGUUGAUAUGCUGAUAAAAGCAUAUGAAGAUUUAAAGAAUGAGACACAAAAUCAUGAACGAGAAUUGAUUCAACGAUUGACAGUUGACCAUGAAUUAGAAAUGAAUGAUCUGACAAAGAAGCUCUUUGUAAGGGAAGAUGAAAUUAGUACACUUAAAAGUGAGAAUGAACAGCUUGAAGAUCAGCUGAAGAAAUGCGAGGAAAAGUCAUCAGGUGAAAAGGCACAACUUGAAAAAAGAAUCCAAGAAUUGGAGCAAAAAGUUAAGGAAUUAGAGAAGAAAAUAACACAACAGAAUGUAGAAAAAGAUGCAGCUUUAAAAGCCCUCAAGGAAGAUCAUCGCAAUGAGAUCGAGUCACUCAGAUGUAAAUUUAAAUUAAUUACAUCCAUGGAAAGUUCACCGUCGGAAACAAGCUUAGAUAAAAUCGACACAAUAGACAUAACAACGCAUGAAACAAUAGUUAAGCAAAUGAAGAUAAAUUUCGAGGAAGAAGUUAGGAAUGCAGUCAGAGAUGCAAUUGAGAAAGAACGUGCAACAGCAUCCUCAAGUAAGCAAUUGUCCAUAACACCAAGCUCACCGGGUAAGUCGCCAAAAGAUAGUCAAGAAAUUUUUAAAAGAAUUCUUGAGGAAAAAGAUCGUCAACUUGAUCAAAUGCGCGAUCGUGAGCAGUACCUAGUUAGAGAAUCGAACAGAUAUAAAGAAAUUAUUCAAUCUCUAACAGAUGUUGAGCUGAAUGAGAGUCAAGUAUCGCUAUAUAAAGAAAAGUUGGAAAUUGUCCAAAAUGAGAAGCGUAAACUCGAAAAAGAUCUCGAAAAGGAACGAGCCAAACGUGCGAAAUUGAGUAGUCUCGCACAAGGAAAUGCUGGAUUGACAAUAAAUUCAUGCUCGAGAGAUGACAUUGUCUUAAUUGUAUGGAAUAGUGUCCAUGAGCAAUACACAAUCGUUCAAGAUUCAUCAAUUUUAUACUUUUUACAUGCUGAAAGCUACAAUGAGUUGAGAUUAUCGUCAGUUCCGCCAAAUACAUGCCCGAGAGUUUGUUACUGCAUUGGUCGUGUUUUAGACAAGGAAUAUUGUCACGCAAAGAAAGAUGAAAAUCGCUAUAAAGUUGGAAAAGGAACCAAAUUUUAUCGAGUCAAAGUUAGGUCGCGAUCACCUUCAAGUCGUGAUAUGGAACGAAGUGUAACAGAAAGGAAGAAAAUAAGACGAUCAACAGAUUCACAAAGUGACUCAUCAAAGUCGAUGAAACUAGAACGACAACCAAGUAACUUAAUAGAUUCAUUUGCUCAAACUGAAACGCAUUCAGAUACUAUAAUGACAGUUGUGGACAAUGCAGUACCAUCAAAUGACAUGGUCGAUUCUGGUGUCGGCUCACAACACAAAUCGACGGAAAAGAAAGAUACAACAAUGGAUGAGGAUGAAGAUAUAUCAUUAUCAUGUGAAGCUACGGGUGAUAACAUGCCACAGCCAAUUAUUGAGCGUGAUGAUGAUGACGAUGAUGACAAAAAGGAUGAUGAGGCACCCGUCUUACUAAAGGAUUGUGAGCUCGCAUCUCUUGAUGAUUCAGACGAAUAUCGAUCGCUUGAGGGAAAAGAUGAGACCGAGGAUACGGAACUUUAGUUAAUUUAAGCAUUUACCUUUCUUCUUUUAUUCCUGCAUUUUAUACAUAAUGUGACACAAAAAUUAGAGGAACGGAACGAUGGAUACGGAAUAAUUUAUAUCAGACGAAAAAAAAAAAAUUGAUAAUAAUUGGAAGUAGCGCUAUAGAUAUUUACUUUUACCAUUUUUACACCAUUAUCGUAAUGAUUUUUUAUGGGAUUUUGUUUCUCAUUUGGGGUAAUUGCCUUAUCUGUGCUUAUCGCUUCGGUAAUAUUCCGUAUUUUUGCUUUUUAGGAGGGAGAGAAACAUUGAAUUUUGGUAUUAAGUUCAUUGUUCAUUUACAUAUGAAAUUUUAACGGUUUUGUAAAAUUCAAAUUUUACCGGUUUUGUAAAAUUUAAAAAGAAAAUAAAUUUUCAAUUUUCAUAGCACAUUUGAGACUUUUAUUAAUCUCAAUUAGAACAAGACAGAACGCACAGUAAUUGCUCUCAAUGAGAAACAGAUUUCAAAAAUCUCAAACACAAUUUUGAUGUUUUUCAAAGCUGAUCUGUAAGUUUUAUUACCGAAAAACAAGAGAUUAAACGCAAAAUUGUGUUUAAAGCAACAGUUAGUAGUAGCAGUAAAGCAUUAAGAUUCCUAUUUUCUAGACAUGCAAUGUGUAAAUGAUUAUUUUUUAUACAUAAUCUGGGCAUAUUCUUAAGAUUAAUCAUCACUGACUAGAUUAAGGCAUUUUUAAUAAUAGACAAGAAAUGUGUAUAUUUGAGCCUUGAUCAUAGCGUGUGGACUAGAUAUAUCUGAUAUUUUUUGAUAUAUAAAAAUCAAUGAUUGAUGAAAAAAUUAAUAUAAACUAAACUAGAAUCGCUAUUUUAAUUGCUUUUUAGACAUUUAUAAAUACCACAAGUUAAAAAUAUUAAAUAAUUAAAAUUUCAUUCAUAACUUCCAAAUUCCUUCUCCUUCACUCUUAACUCUCUCUAUCUAGCUCUAUAUGUGAUUUACAAUAAGUCUGUCCUGUUUGCAAGAAGCAAUUGUUUAGUUCUCUUACCUUUUUACCACUUUUUAUUAAGCAAAAAUCAAAAAAACUUCUCAAAUGAAAUUCUAAAGACUUCAUCCUUAACAUUAAAUGCAAUUUUCUAUACAAAAAGUUGGAAUUGGAUGGACGAUUUGUGGAUUAAUUGGCAAGGAUUUUUAAGUUCUAAUUUUAAAGUAUCAGAAAUUACAUCAUGCAUCUUCAAAUUCCAUCCAAC